AUGAGAAAUCGCACAGUACCCUCAGAAUUCAUUCUUCUAGGACUGUCAGACGAUCCCGAGCUUCAGAUUGUGAUUUUUCUCUUUUUAGUUAUCACAUAUAUAUUAAGUGUCUCUGGAAAUUUCACCAUCAUCACUCUCACCUUGGUGGAUUCUCAUCUACAGACCCCUAUGUAUUUCUUCCUCAGGAACUUCUCUGUAUUAGAAAUAUCCUUUACAACUGUCUGUAUUCCUAGAUUUUUAGGCACAAUUAUCACCAGAGACAAAACUAUUUCAUACAAUACUUGCACAGCUCAAUUGUUUUUCUUCAUCUUCAUGGGUAUAACUGAAUUUUACCUUCUAACUGCCAUGUCCUAUGACCGCUAUGUAGCCAUCUGCAAGCCCCUGCAUUAUACAACCAUCAUGAACAAAAGAGUCUGCAUACUGCUUGUCUUUUGUGCUUGGCUGGCAGGAUUCUUAAAUAUCUUCCCACCAGUUAUUCUUUUUCUCCAGUUAGAUUACUGUGGCUCCAAUGUCAUCGAUCACUUUGCUUGUGACUAUUUCCCCCUCUUGCAAUUAUCCUGCUCAGACACCUGGCUCCUGGAAGUGAUUGGUUUUUACUCUGCAAUAGUGAUUCUGCUUUUCACUUUGGCGUUAAUAAUUCUAUCCUACACGUUCAUCAUUAGGACGAUUCUAAGACUGCCUUCUGCCAGCCAGAGAAAAAAGGCAUUUUCUACAUGCUCCUCUCACAUGAUUGUCAUUUCCAUCUCUUAUGGAAGCUGCAUAUUCAUGUAUGCCAACCCUUCAGCAAAAGAAAAGGCAUCAUUGACCAAAGGAGUAGCUAUUCUGAAUACUUCGGUUGCUCCUAUGAUGAAUCCGUUUAUAUAUACCCUGAGGAACCAGCAAGUAAAGCAAGCUUUUAAAGAUGUUUUUCAAAAGGUUAUGUUUUUCUCUGGUAAGUGA